AUAUACCCCCAUAUAAGUCUGCAGGUGUUAUCUAUUUUUUUAUUUAAUUUGAAAACAUCAGGAAGAUGAUUUAUUAAGUGAAAACUCUCUAGUAUUUAAAAUGUUCAUUGAGGACAUAAGAAAUGAUUUUUAUAACAUUCUACUCGGUAACAGAGUUCUUUUGCUAGUUCACUACGACGUUGAUGCGAUAUGUGCCUGUAAAAUACUGCAAGGUCUUUUUAAAUGUGAUAAUAUAUCAUAUACAUUAGUGCCCGUGGGGGGUAUAUCUGAACUGAAGACAGCGUAUGAAGAAAACAACGAAGAGAUUAAAUAUGUGGUACUAAUUAACUGUGGUGGUACGAUUGAUUUAGUGGACAUCUUACAGCCUGAUGAGGAAGUUGUAUUUUUCGUGUUAGACUCACACAAGCCGACAGAUAUUUGUAAUGUUUACAGUGAUGGCCAGGUGAGACUAGUAUACAAGGAUGAUGAGGAAAACAUUCCUAAUUUUGAUGACAUAUUCAGAGAUGAUGAAGAUGAGGAAAAUGAGGAAUCAGGAAAUGGUAGAGAAGGUUUAGAAGUAUUGGUUGAGCACAGACGGGCACGCAAAGAAUGGGAGGAGCGGAGACACACUCUCAUGUUCAAUUAUACACAAUUCUCUUACUAUGGGAAACCAAGUGCAUGUGUUCUGAUAGAAUUAUCAGCGCUGGCAUCACGUCUAUCACAAGCAGCGCUCUGGGCGGCUGCGGUGGCUGCUGAAGCGCACGCAGCGCUGUAUGUUAGGUCUCCAGCGAGGUGCCUGUUAGAUGCUGAAGCGCUGCAUCGCUAUGUUGCUGCAGCCAGACGGCAUGACGAUUCUACUGCUAAUAGGACAGCAUGCGUUGUGAUGGAGAAAGAUGCAUGGUUGCCGUUGUACCGGGAAUGGACUCUAGAGGCAGCACUGAGCCAUGCCGCAAUGUUGGCACCAAAGCUCAAAUUGUACGCUCGCUCAGGUUCAUCAAGACUACGACAGUUAUUAGCUGAUAUGGGGUUUCCCCUCCAGCAAGCUCGUCAGGCAUACCGUUCAAUGGAUGUGGAACUCCGAAGGUCCCUCCUUACAGCGUUGGAAGCAGCAGCUCCUAAACACAAACUGCCCGUACCAACUAAAGCAACCUUCAUAUUGCAACGACCACAUAUGUCGCCUUUAGCUGCGUUAGACGCAGUCUAUGUUAUCAUGGCUCUCAUCGAACACGAGACACUGCCCAAAGCGGAGGGUUUCCAGCUAGCGCUGGCAGCACUGGAGGUGUCAGGUGAGAACGAGGCGUGGCGCAAAGGCUCUGCAGCCGCGAGGAGAUGUCUACAGGCGGUCGCUAGUUUGGUGCACGCUACACUCUCCGCUAGAAAAUUGUUGUUGGCUGGACCCUUUAGUUAUUUUAUAGUACAGGAUGGUACACCGGAGGCGAGUGUAGUGCGCGGGCCGCUGUGGCUGGGCGAGGCGGCGCGCUGGGCUGCAGGCGGCGCCGCGCGCCCGCUGCUAGCGAGCGCCGGCACUGACCCACAUACAUGUAUACUGCUGGGACUGCCACCGAGAUUCGAACAGGAGCCAAGAAAUUUAUUUGGUGCGGCGUUCGAGCAAGCGGCAACAAAAAGUGGUGUCACAGUUUCCUUGGACAAUGUUGAUACAUCUGUCAUUACCCUGCCUACGUCACAACGAGCGCAGUUCCUUGACGCACUCACAGCUCUACUAGCCUGACUAUUAUUAAUAAUACUUAAUACUAUUAAAUAAUAAUA